AUGACAGAUGUUCCUACCCCUGCGAGCCAUGGGAGAGACGGCCGACCGGUAGAGCGUACACGGACUAGUAACCCCUCGUCGACCCUGCCGCUGCUUUACGAUCUCGAUGCCCUAGCACAAAUCCUGGUAGGAGAGUUCACCAACGACAUUCCGCCCGCGUCCCUAGGGGAAUUUACGAAACCACGCAAAACGUCGGCACCGACGAAUGCUCGGGAGGCCGGACCGUCGUUGGUGCCGGACGGAGUGGGCGACCAGGAUGAGGAAUGUGACGACGAGUCAUCGUCCAGCGAGGAGGACGACGAAGACGACCCGCGGCCGCGACGUGGCGCAGGUCCGCGCACGUUGGAAGAGAAGCUCAGGGGGGAACGUGCGUUCAUAGAGGAACUGUUGGACGAGGACGAACUUGAGGAUCUGUUAAACACGGCGGUGCCACGAGAACAAUGGAAGGCGGCCGACUUCGUUGAGGAAUAUAUGGUCUACGCGUGCGUCGACGUACUCGUGAUGGAGACAAUGUGCCACCUGAAAACCCUGGAGGCUAAGAGCACGCUCAAGCUGUACACCUCUUGGAUUUACCACUACAAGAGGUGGGCGGCGAAGAUGCUGAAGGGAAUACGCGACAAGCUUCCGACUGAGCAAAGAACGAGGCACGUUGACGAAAUCGGGCACUGGAUCCACUGCAACAAGAACGAGAUAGCCGAGCUGGGUCACUGGGCGAUCGACAAGAUGACUCGAGCUUACAUCACAGCCAUUCCCGUCGGCGUGGUGAUGAAGAAGGCCGGCUAUUCGGGUGCCAAACAAGACUACUUCUUGGGUCGCAGCAGGGUGCCACCCUCCGACGAACUCCUGGAGCUCAUCGCCGAGCACAUCUUCCUCGGCGUUGACGACCUGCUUAAGAAGAUCAUGCGCCACAUCGUCGCCGAAGACCUCGCUGUAAAACUCGUCCGCACCCCUUCGCAUCCGUACGUCCAAUGUUCAAAGCUCUACAGGAUUCCCCUCUUCCAGCACUGGGCGAAGAGGGUCGAGAAGGUCAACACCGAGACAAUCAAAAAGCGCCGAGACCCGACCCUCAUCCAGCCUGAGGAGAUAUCUGUCCGCAUGGACGCCGAACACGCGGUCAUGUCCCUCACCGAGACGCUGAAGUACGAGAGGGAACGAUCAGCGGUCCAGAAGAUUGACCUCGAAGAGGAUAUCGAGAAGCGCGACGCGACCAUCGCGACGCUGACGGCUGAGAUAACCCGUCUCACCGAGGCACUCCGCGUCUCAGAAGCAAGGAGGAUGCCGGAGGCGCCGCCAGCUGCAAACGAGCAGUCGCCGAGCGACGGUGGCUCCACGGAGUCGGCAAGUACGGGUGCCGGAGCCAAGAAACCCCCGAAACCCCCACAGACGGUCGAAGAGGCUAGUUACGAGCUCAACGUGGUGCAGCCUUGGCGGGAUGCAACGACCGUGAGGGACGCGUGGCGCCUCUGGACCUCCUGCACCAGCGCCGAGGACACCCGUCGUCUGUGCGACAGGUUCGCAGAGCCGGGAUUCGUCGACCGCCACACCCUCCUCAAAGGCGCGACGCAGGGAGCACUCGGGAAGAGGGUGCGCCGCAUGAUGAAGGUCAUUGAUGCAGUGCGCCAUCUUCGCUGGAGCGACGGCGAGGCCGACACAGAAGCCGUCAUCGCUGCGCUUAACAAGAUCGCAGCUGAAGAUGACGUUGGCCGACAUGGCCCAGGAGAACGAUGCUGGGCAGCUGCCUCCGACCAAGACUUCGACCAAGCGCAAGAAGACCGCGUAAAUGCUCUCGGCAACAUGUUACUGUGGGAUGUUGCAUGUUGUAGAUGA